CAUCAGUUGCCGAGAGGUCCAAUAUUGAAUUCUAUUCCGGCGCGGCGCUCCAGGGCGCAGGAACGACGCUUGCUUGGCUGUCUACAGCCACUCACUUCGACGUUUCGCCGCGUCGUGCCGCCGACCGCCACUCCUCGCCAGGUAUCUCUACCUUGCGCAGCCCGCGCCCGCGCGCCCGAACCUCCGACGCCAUGCCGAGCGACGCAGGACGCCAGGUCGCUCCCGCCACGGCCUCUCGCACCACGGUCGCUGCAUCGAUCGCCGCAACAGUCGCUGCCGGCGCCACCUAGGCCCAAGAGCGCGUCCGCCACGUGUGCCCACCUUACUGCCAGUGCAGCCGAGCUCCUAGCGCUAGUGUGCGCUACUGAGAUCGUACGACUGUCCGUGGUAGCUGCGCCAUUGCCGACGCUGUGCAACGUGCAUCCAUCCAAAGAAGGACACAUCGCCGCGCGACGUUGUCAAGACGUGACCUGA